AUGACAUCACCUAUUCUUCUUAAAGCUCCGUUUAGCAGUGUUAAGGAUAAUCGAUACGCUGUUACUGCACGAAAAGAAACUUAUUUAAAAACAUCAUCAGCUACUAUUCGCGGUGAUACUGACAUGCUUAAUUAUCUUCAAUCAAUUGGCGUCGAUAUUGAUACUUAUGAACAUGUAUAUCUUUCGUCACCAUUACUAAUAAACAUGGAAUUAACUACGUUUACAACUAAUUUUAUUUUAUUUGAUGACGAUAAUAUUUAG